AUGAUAUCAGACAAAAAAUGCUAUAGUAAUUUUACAGAAUUUCUGCUCAUUGGUUUUUCUGAUUUCCAUUAUAAACACCAACUUUCUAUCUUCUUGUUCUUCUGCUCUGCGUAUAUCUUCACUUUGCUGGGCAACGGCCUGAUUAUUAUAACAGUGACACAGAACUCUCGGCUACACACCCCGAUGUAUUUCUUCUUAAGGAACCUAUCGUUCCUCGAGGUUUGCUCCAUCACAGUCACUGUUCCCAAAGCAAUGCAUAUCUUCCUGUCUGAGACAAAGUCCAUCUCUCUGUUGGGUUGUGCCUUCCAGAUGCAGACAUUUCUUUUAAUGGGUGUAUCUGAAUGCCUUUUCCUAGCAGUGAUGGCGUUUGAUAGGUACGUUGCCAUCUGCAACCCUUUGAGAUACACGAGUGUGAUGAGCCACAAAACAUGUUUCUACUUAACAAGUGGAUCUUGGGUGGUAGGAUGUUUUGUUUCUUUUGGACUUACCAGUUCAACAUUUAGUGUUGCGUGUUGUAAUUCCAACCACAUCCUCCAUUUCUUCUGUGAUAUCACUCCAGUGCUUAACCUUGCCUGCGUCAAUACCUUCAACAAUGAACUGUUUGUUUUUAUUGUUUGCACCCUAGUGGUUGUGAUCCCCUUCCUAGCUAUCUUGUGUUCUUACAUGAACAUAUUGUACUCUAUAGGUCUCAUUCACUCUGCACAGGGGCGUCACAAAGCUUUUUCUACAUGUGGCUCCCACCUCGUUUCUGUUAUUCUUUUCUAUGGAACGGCCAUGAUUAUUCAUUUCCGGAUGAGAAGUCAAGGUUCUGCUGGCAAUGACAGAAUGAUUGCACCCGUGUUUUGCAUCUUAAUACCAGCCAUAAAUCCUUUGAUCUACAGUUUGAGGAACAAAGACGUGAAACAAUCAGUGAGAAAACUACUCCAUGAUAUCAAUGCUGAUAGCAACACACGGUAA